UUCAGCAUUCUUGGAAGAUUUACCUAAUGAAUUAUUUGCGCAAAUAUUCUCUUAUUUAAAUGGGGUAGAUGCUAUUUAUGCUUUUUCAUGUCUUAAUAAUCGUUUUAAAUGUUUACUUAUUGAAAAUUGUGAAUUCUUUGAUUUUAAAUCAAUAAGUAAAUUUAAAUUUGAUCUUGUCUUUCAACAUCAAAAUACAAAACGAUGGAAAUCAUUAAAAAUUUCUGAUGAUGAACAUACACCUGGUCAUGUUGAAUACUUUUGUCAAGUUUAUUCUUUAAUCAAUGAUUUUCCUCAAUUACAAUCAUUAGUUAUUUCAAAUUUCGACAUUCGAAAGACAUACAUUAUUUUAUCUCAACUUUCAUCUUUAAAAACUCUUGUUUCGUUAACAAUUAAAUCUCUAUGUGGUGAAACAAUGCCUCAACUUGAUCUUCCAAAUUUGAAAAAACUUGUUUUCGGUGCCUGUUCUCAUAUUGAUUGGAUAAAAAAUUUUUCUCAACUUGAAAGUGUUGAAUAUACAAUAGAAAAUUGUCAUUGGUUUCGAAAUGAUUUAUCAUGGCCAUCAACAUUAAGACAUCUUAAAGUUAUCUUUGAUUAUGAAGGAUAUUGGAAUUUUAUACAACGUUCACUUGUUCAUUUAUCAUUAUUAAAUACUCUUGAAAUAUAUCAAAGACAAAGAGCAAGCAUACCUCCUAAUGGUCAAAUAUGGGAAACCUUGAUUUGUUCAUCUCUUUCAUUAUUAAAAAUCUUCAAAUUUUAUUUCAACUUUGAAUAUUCAUUGCAAUCAUCAUAUCAAAUAGAUGAAGCCAUAGUAUCAUUUUCCACACCAUUCUAUAUACUGGAAAAGAAAUGA